AUCUCAAACGUCACAAUAUAAAUCAAAACAUGGCAGCACAAAUCAUUUCUCCCCCAGUCUUCUGGACGACUUUUACCCCCACCCUCCGCACUUGCCUCAGGAACCACUUUUCUCCAGAUGCUCUCGGUGCUAUAAUCGAGGAUCCCAACUCCCCAUCCUCGCUCUCCGCAGUCUCGACUUUAGGAACAACCCUCCUGCAACAAAAUGAGUUCUCCCUCGCGGAAGAGCUACUUUUUAAUUGCUACAAAGCAAAAGUAUCGGCUUCGAAUGGGAAACCAAACGCCGACAUCCUCGCCACAAAGUACAACAUCGCUUACGCACAACUCAAGCGAGACGCCUUUGCUGAGUCUGAGAAAUCAUGGAAAGAGAUAUUGAACACUGUUUUGGAUUCUGACAAAAAGGUUUUACCUAAUCUGGGAGCGAAGAGUAAUCUAGGCUACACGUUGAAUAAGCAGGGGAAAUUUGAAGAGGCAGAACCCGUGUUGACGGAUUUGUUGCCGGAGAUGAAAGAGAGAUUUCAUGAGAGUAAUCCAAGAGUGUUGGGGUGUAUGAGGCAUUUGAUGGAGGCGUUGGUGGGACAGGGGAAAGUGGAGGAGGCCAUGAUGUUGAAUGAGAAGGGGAGUGAGCUGGUGGGAAAGUGCGAGGAGCAGCAUAAGGAGGCGGAGCGUGAAGCUAUGGAUGCUAUGAGAGCAUCGAUCAUGGAGCAGAAGCUCAAAUCGGUUGCGAGUAACGAGGCUGUUUGAUAAUUCGUGGGUCUCGAGUCAUGAAUGCAACAAAUUGAUCGACUAUGGAGACUUGACGAAGCGAUGUUGGUUAAGAACUUUGAGUAAAUGGGACAUUCGCACAUUAAACUAAAG